AUGGAUUUCUUAAUUGAUGAAGCAUCAAUACGUUUAAUACAUGAAGCAAUUACAGAAAUAAGGUCAAAUUUUAAUAAAUCAUGUUCUCAAUAUGAAGCAUGGCAAAUUGUUUGUUUUACAUUAUCAGCAAUUCUUUUUAUCCAAUGGUUAACAAUUAUUUUAACUUCUGAUUUUUCUGGUUUGGGAAAACAAAUAAUGAAAAAUUUACCAUUUUUUUGGGAUUAUUAUGAAAAAAAGAGAGAAUAUGCAAAAGAAAUUAUGAAAGAAAUAUUAUUAUCUUCAGAUAAAAAAAAAGAAUUUUAUAGAUUUUUACCUGAUAGAGGUAUUUCAGCUAAUGAUAUUGUCAAGGAAGCACGUGAAUAUUUAGAUAUGGCUCAAACAAAAUAUAUUAUAAAAGGAAAAUAUUAUAAUUUUGUAUAUGGACAACAUGAUGAAGAACAAAAAGAAUUAAAUAAAGAAUUACUUGAUAUGUAUUUUCAUUCUGAUGCUUUAUUUCCAGAAAUGUAUCCAGCAAUAAGAAAAAUGGAAGCUGAAGUUAUUAGAAUUAUGUGUUCAAUAUUUCAUGGAGGAGUUAAUUCAUGUGGAGCUGUUACAACAUCAGUUUCUGAAUCAAUAUUUCUAGCAUGUUUAAGUUACAAAAGAAGAGCUUUAGAAAGAAAUAUAACAGAACCUGUUAUGAUAUUAGGUGUAAAUGCUCAUGCGGCAUUUGAUAAGGCUGCUGAAAUUCUUGAUAUUAAAAUUAAACGAGUACCAUGUGAUGAGUAUGAUGGUAUGGAAAUUGGUAUUAUGAAAAGAUUAAUAUCACCUGAAGUAUGUAUGAUUGUUGUUUCUGCUCCAAAUUAUAUUUCUGGUUCAAUGGAUCCAGUAGAAAAUAUAGCUAAAAUUGUUGCAAGAAAUAAUAUACCAUUACAUGUUGAUGCAUCAUUUGGUGGAUUUAUUUUACCAUUUCUUGAACAAUGUGAUUAUCCACCAAUGAAUUUUGAUUUUGCACUAACAGCUGUUACUUCAAUAUCAGUUGAUGCUUCAAGAUAUGGUGGUGCAUUAGUUGGAUCAUCAUGUAUAUUAUAUCGUGAUAAACGUUACAUGAAAUAUCAAUGUUUUGGAAAACAAGAUUGGUCAUGUGGUGUUUACUCAGCAGCAACAAUGUCAGAAAAUAGAGGAGGUUUCAGAAUAUCAACUAUGUGGUCAAGUUUAAUUUAUAAUGGUAGAUAUGGUUAUGUUGAAAAAGCACAAAAAAUAUUAGAUUUAACAAGAUUAUUAGUAACUGAACUUGAAAAAUUAGAUUAUAUUAAAAUUAUUGGUGCACCACUUCUUUGUGUUGUUAGUUUUACAAGUGAUUUAGUAGAUUUAUAUAAAGUAGCAGAAAAAAUGAAAGGUGAUGGAUGGUAUUUAAAUUUACUACAAAAACCAAAAGGAAUUCGUUUUUGUAUUUCAACAAAUACUGAUGAAAGGUCUAUAAUUUUACAAUUUGUUGAAGAUUUAGAUAGGACAUGUCAAUAUAUAAUGGACAUGUCUCGUCCUACAACAAAAGAAGAAGAUCCAACAAAAGAAAAGACAAUUUUCUAUGGUCUUUCAACACCAAUUGAGUGUUUUGAAUUGUCUGAUGAAUUAUCACAGAUAUAUUUAGAUUCAUAUUAUGCAACACCAAAUCUUAAUAGUCAUUUGUUACCACAAGGAAAGACAACUAGAACAUUAAGUAUUGAUGGUAGAAAAAUGAGUUCCAUAUUAACUCAUAUUGUAAGGUCAUCAACACAAAAUACAUAA